AUGGCAUCCGCCAAUCGUGACCUCUCGGAAAAGACCAUCGCAGAGUCCGUCGCUUCGGGCCACUCGGGCGAAUCCAACAUCUCGGACAAUAACUCCAAGAAGGAAACAGAUGAGCCAGUUGAUACCAGGCAGAGAUCGUCAGUCGAAGUCGCAGUCGAUGCCACUGCUGAUACAGGCGACGUCGAAGCGAACGUACAGAGAUCCAUCACAACAAAGCAAUUCCCCGUCACCGACCUAGAUCGAGGUAUCGUCGGCUGGGACAGCCAAGAUGACCCCGAGAAUCCCCAGAAUUUCGCUAUGAGUCGGAAAUGGGGUCUGCUGGCGUUGAUGAGUGCUAUCACCUUCGUGUCACCGCUGGCAUCGAGUAUGUUCUCGCCGGCUGUGAGUUACGUCGCUAUCGAUCUGCAUGUAACCAAUGAGACUGUGCUUUCGUUCAGUGUCAGCAUCUUCUUGCUCGGGUAUGCUGUUGGACCACUCGUGCUCGCCCCUCUGAGCGAGAUCUACGGCCGUCGGAUAGUACUCAGCUGUGCAAAUUGGUUCUUCGUGGUGUGGCAGAUUGGCUGUGCCUUGGCUCCGAACAUCGAGACUCUUAUUAUCAGCCGCCUGUUCGCUGGCAUGGGGGGCGCCGGUUGUCUCACCCUCGGCGCGGGGCUGAUUGCCGACCUAUUCCCCAUUGAGCAACGAGGUAUGGCCACGGCCUUGUGGAGUUGUGGUCCCUUGAUCGGCCCCGUUGCUGGACCCAUUGCUGGAGGUUUCAUCGGCGAGACGAUCGGCUGGCGCUGGGUCUUUUGGGUGGUCAUGAUCGCGUCGGGUGUGGUGUCAUUUGGCAUUGAGAUCCUGAACCGUGAGACCUAUGCGGCCGUGUUGAUUCGCCGCAAGACCGCGCGCCUGUCGAAGGAACUGGGUCGCAGUGAUCUUCGCAGCGCCUAUGAGCCGAAUCUGGAGCGCGUGUCCGUCACCUCUGCUAUGAAAGUGGGCUUGAAACGUCCGAUUCUUCUGCUCGUCAAAUCGCCCAUCGUCCUGCUCCUCGCCUUGUAUAUGGCCGUGGUCUACGGUCUGCUCUACCUGUUCUUCACGACCAUCCCAAGUGUCUUUGAAAACCAGUAUGGGUUUUCCACCGGUCUGUCCGGACUGGCCUAUCUGGGCAUCGGACUUGGCUUCAUCGCCGGACUGGUCCUGUACGGCAUGACCAACGACCGGGUCGUCUUGAAGCUCACCCAACGCAAUGGCGGCAAAUAUGAGCCGGAGAUGCGUCUCCCCGCGAUGAUCAUCUUUGCAUGCUUCCUGCCCAUCAGUUUCUUCUGGUACGGCUGGACAGUCGACAAAGACGUGCAUUGGAUUGUACCAAUCAUCGGUAUGAUGCCGUUUGGCUUGGGGAUGAUGGGGGUCUAUCUCCCAAUCUCGACGUACAUCAUCGACAGUUACCAGAAUUAUGCCGCGUCGGCCAACGCAAGUCUCACGGCCACUCGAUCCCUGGUGGGUGCCGUGCUUCCCUUGGCUGGACCGAAAUUGUUCUCGUCUCUCGGUCUCGGCUGGGGCAAUUCACUGCUGGGAUUCAUUGCGCUGGCAUUUGUGCCCGUGCCGAUCGGGUUUUCAAGAUAUGGGCAGCGCAUUCGGGAGAGAUUCCCGGUCAAUUUGGAUAGUUGA